UAUACAGUAGCUUCUAUAUUUUAUAAGCAUCAUAUGGGUGUCUCAAAUUCUAGUUUCCAAUGAGAAUCCAUUUCUGUUUACACAUUUUCUUCAUACCAUUUUACUUGAUUCUGUUUAAUGUUUCUGGUCAAUGUCAAAUCAGACAGCAAUCCAUCUUGAUCCAAUUCAAGAACAAUCUCACCUUCAAUUCUUUAGUUUCAACAAAACUGGUUUCUUGGGACCCAAAUGUCACAACAGAUUGUUGCAACUGGAUAGGUGUCAACUGCAGCACACAGGGUCAGGUUAUUGGACUAGAUUUAAGCAACGAAACGAUAUCGAGUCCAAUAGAUGAUUCUAGUGCUCUUUUUGAUCUAGACAAUCUUGAAAGCCUGAAUCUUGCUGGAAAUAACUUCAACUUCUCACAGAUUCCUUCACUAUUCGGUAGUCUUUCAAGUUUGUCGUAUUUGAACUUGUCGAAUUCAAGGUUUUCGGGUCAGAUUCCGGUAGAAUUGUCAUGGCUGACAAAACUAGAAGUUCUUGAUCUUUCUGAGCCUUUCUCAUUCGGAAGUCGCUCACUGAAACUGGAGAAACCGAAUCUAUCAACACUUGUGCAAAACCUCACAAGGUUAACAGGUCUUUAUCUUAAUAAUGUGAAUAUAUCAUCACAAAGAUUUGAUUGGUCAAAGGGUUUGUCUUCAUCUUUGCUUAAGCUGGAAGUUUUAAGCUUGUCAAAUUGUCAACUUUCGGGCCCUUUAGAUGAUUCCCUUCAGAGAUUACAGUCACUUUCCGAAAUUCGUCUAGGUCUAAACAACUUAAGUGCUCCAGUUCCUGAUUUCUUUGCAAGUUUCAAGAAUCUGACAGUACUGAAUCUUGGUGCUUGUAACUUGAACGGAACAUUUCCUCAAAAAGUCUUCCAGCUGCAGAAACUACAGCUUCUUGAUUUAUCCGUUAAUAUGAAUCUUUUUGGUUCUUUACCGGAUUUUCCCAUUAAUGGGUCGCUUCGAAGUUUGGUACUCAGUAACACAAACUUUUCUGGCGGGAUAUCUGACACUAUUGGAAAUCUAAAGAAUCUAUCGAGAAUUGAGCUGCCAAAGAGUAAUUUCAGUGGACAGAUACCGAAGUCUAUGGAAAAACUCACCCGAUUGGCGUACCUAGAUCUGUCAUCAAACAACUUUAGUGGCGAAAUCCCAUCAUUUCAGAUGUGCAAGAAUCUUACCCAUGUUGACCUAUCAAGGAAUGGUUUAUCCGGUACGAUCCCUUCUGUUCACUUUCAAGAUCUUCAAAGUCUUGUUUAUGUUGAUUUAAGGUUCAAUGCUUUUAAUGGAAGCAUACCUCCAUCUUUGUUUUCUCUGCAACAAGUUCAAAAGAUACAGCUUUCCAAUAACAAUUUUGAUGGUUUAAUUCCUAACUUUUCUAAUCCGUCUGCAUCUUUAUUGGAUACACUUGAUUUAAGAAGUAACAGACUGGACGGAGAAAUUCCAAAAUCUUUGUUUGAACUUGGAAAGCUAAGUAUCUUGUUAUUAUCAUUAAAUAAACUAAGUGGAAGCAUAAGAACCAUAGAUUUUCAGGGUCGCUUGACCAACCUAACGACUCUCGAUCUUUCAUUCAAUAAUUUAUCCAUUGUUACAACCGCAAAUCUCACGCUAGUGAAUCGCCUUCCAAACUUUUCUUCCUUAAAGUUGGCUUCUUGCAAUCUUCAAAUGUUCCCUAAUCUAAGAAACCAAUCGAGAUUGAUAAAUCUUGAUCUUUCUAACAACAAAAUUGAAGGAGAGAUACCAAGCUGGAUAUGGAGAAUUGGAAACGGAGACCUUUCCUAUCUGAACCUUUCUAAUAACCGGUUAACUGGUAUCCAAGAGCCAUAUCAUUUUCCUGAUCUUUUGGUACUCGACUUGCAUUCCAAUCUUCUCAGUGGGGUGAUUCCGGUUCCUCCACAAACGGCUACCUUCAUCGACUAUUCAAAAAAUCGUUUCAACUCGAUUCUCCCUGCAGCCACGGGGACAAACCUCAGUGUUGCUUACUUUUUUUCGGUUUCUGACAAUCUACUUACUGGGCCUAUUCCGGACACCAUAUGCAAUGCUUCCUACCUAAGGGUUCUUGAUUUGUCAAACAACAAUUUAAGUGGAAGGAUACCAAAAUGUUUAUUUGAAUUCGGUAGCAGUCUGGGGGUACUAAACUUGGGUAACAAUAGUCUUAGUGGUCACAUAGAGGGUACAUUUCCAAGCACCUGUGGGCUAAACACUCUAGAUUUGCAUGGAAAUUCUUUAGAAGGGAAGAUUCCUAAAUCUUUAUUCAAUUGCACAAUGCUGGAAGUGUUGAAUCUCGGGAGCAACAAAAUAUAUGACAAGUAUCCGUGUUCUUUGGGUAACAACACCAACUUGCGUGUUCUUGUUCUGAGAUCCAACAGGUUAUAUGGAAACGUGAGUUGUGGUGAAAACCACCACAAUAAUUGGUCAAAGCUUCAGAUUCUAGACAUCGCUUCCAACAAUUUAAGUGGUAAAGUUCCCACUGAAAGUUUCUCGCACUGGGCAGCUAUGAUGACUGAUGAUCUAUCAAGCAAGAAGCACCUUAGUUUUAGGGUGUUACAACUUACUGAGUUCUACUAUCAAGAUACGGUUACAGUCACAGUCAAAGGACUCGAGGUGGAACUAGUCAAAAUUCUGACACUCUUCACAUCCAUUGAUAUCUCAAGUAACCAUUUUUCAGGGGAAAUUCCAACCACAAUUGGAAGACUCGGAGCACUUUAUCUUCUCAAUGUAUCAAAUAAUGAGUUCACUGGCCCGAUCCCAUCAUAUAUGGGGAAUUUGAGUCAGCUAGAAGCAUUAGAUAUGUCACGAAACAGAUUAACCGGAGUGAUCCCGCAGACACUCACAAGUCUCACAUUCCUUUCUUCCCUUAAUUUGUCAUACAAUCAGUUAAAUGGAAGAAUCCCAACAGGCAGCCAACUUCAGACCUUUGAGGAAAAUUCCUACUUAGGAAACAAGGAAUUAUGCGGAUUUCCAUUGAACGUAACUUGUACUAGUCGAAACCUACCCGAACAAAAUUAUGAACAAACUUUUAAAGACUCGGAUAACGGAUAUGACUGGCAGUUCAUACUCACUGGGGUGGGAUUUGGUUCAGGUGCAGCCAUUGUUAUGGGGCCUCUUAUGAUGUCUAAAAAAGGUCGGCAUAUCUGGGACGAGUACACAAACAAACUUGUAAAGAUGAUCUGUUUGGCUCUAGGCAUCCAUUACGCUAGCUGUGGUUUAUUUAACGAGAACAAAGAUGAUGAAACCGAGACACUGGACAUGUAUGAAAGCACGGACGAAAGUGACUUCGAGUCAGAAUACGAUCAAUCUAAGGGCAGAUACUGUGUAUUCUGUACUAAACUUGAUUUCUCAAGAAAACAAGCCAUACACGAUACAAAAUGCAGUUGCUUUGACCGAUUGAAUCCAUUAUCUACUUCUUCGUCAACUACAUCGUGUUCCGAAGCAGAGUCUCCAUUCACCAAACUGUGAGAUUUUGAUGCCUAAAAAUUCUUUCUUUUAGUUUUUUAAAUUUUUCAAUGUUGUAUAUAGAUAGAUACACAAUGUGAAUUAUUGAGGUACGAUAUAUGGAAAAGAAGUAAUAAGGAUUAUUAUUUGACAUACUAUUAGCUUAAUAAGAAUCUACAUUUUAUUUUGCCUAA